AUGGAAGAUUCCUACGGCGGCGGAAAGAAGGCGGUGGAAGAGGAGGAUCUUCAAGAAGAGGAAGUGUGGGAAAUGAUCAAUGCGAAAGAAGGCAACUUCAACCAACACAAUCUUGCAUGGCACGUUGGUGGCGGCGGAAACGAGUCCCCGCCGCCACCAAGGGUGUCUCGCCACCACCACUCAGCCCCCGUGGACAUUCCCGGCUUGUCCAAGACUAAGAAAAGGUCUAAGAGAAGUGAUUUUGAUAGUCGGGUUGACGAGGACGAGGACGAGGAGGGGGAGGUGGCCCCACCGCAUGAAGUGUUGGCGAAAAGGCUUGAGAGAACAAGGAUUGCUUCACAUUCAAUGUGUGAAGGAGUUGGGAGGACUCUCAAAGGAAGAGACCUCAGCAAAACCAGGAAUGCUAUUUUAAUCAAGACUGGUUUUAUUGAAUAG